CAAAGUGGAGUGCGAGGCCACUCACACGUAUCUUACUACAGCACUGCCAAAGCGCGCUUACAAGCACUUAACUGGCCUGUCAAUCCCACCAGCCAUUGGCCGCAGUUGGCUUGGAUUGUAUUCGCUGUUCCUCCAACUUAUCAUUUGGCAAUGCGUGUAUAGUAACCUCGCAUUUGGCGGCGGUUACUGUUUUGUUUCGUUGCGCUGCCGUGAGUAAAAGCCUCCGAACGAGCUAGAAAGCGGUAAUCGGCGCAAAUGGGCACUGGGCGUGAUAAGCGCAAGAAGGCUAAGGAGCGGAAGGACGGGCCGGUCGUAGGCACAGGCGCCAUCAAGACGGAGAAGAAGGCCGCCAAGAACGAGGCCAAAAAAGAGCGCAGAGCGGAGAAGCGACUGGAGGGAGAUGAGGAUGACAUUGACGCCCUGCUUCAGCGGAUAGCGCUGGAGGAGCGGCAGCGCAAGGGCGCGGUGGCGGUGGCGGACUGUGACCCGCCCGGCCCACGGGUCAGCGCGUCCUUUGUGCCGUACAUCACACCGCGCGGCUCCUUCGUGUUUUUGUUCGGAGGGGAGUACGCUGACGUGGCAACCGACAAGGUGCACGUCUACAAGGACCUCUUCAGGUUUGACGUGGACAAGCGCCGCUGGGCGCGUAUCGACUCGCCCAACGGCCCGCCGCCCCGCUCCGCACACCAGGCGGUGGUGGUGAAGAACACCAUGCUGGUGUUUGGCGGCGAGUUCACCUCACCCAACCAGGAGAGGUUCCACCACUACAAGGACCUCUGGCGUCUUGACCUGACCACCUGGGAGUGGGACUGCCUGCCCAGCAAGGGCGGCCCCUCGGCGCGCUCCGGACACCGCAUGGUGCUGCAGCCGCUCAAGAACCGGCUGCUGCUGUUUGGCGGCUUCUACGACACCGGCAGGGACGUCAAGUACUACAACGACCUCUGGGAGCUCAAUUUGGAGACCAUGAAGUGGACCAGCCUGGGUGUAGGGCCCGCGGGGAACGCAGGCGCGGGUGCGCCCUGGCCCUCCCCCCGCAGCGGCUGCGGCCUGGCGGUGGUUGGAGACACGCUGUGGGUGUUUGGGGGCUACUCCAAGGCAAAGGAUGAGGAAGACGAGGAGCUGGAGCACGGGAAGACCAUGGACGACGUUUGGGCUUGCAACCUCACGACCUACACGUGGGAGCGUGUGAAGAAGGUGGGCAUGGCGCCUGGGGCGCGCGCCUCCUUCUCCAUAGCCGUCCAUUCGCACCCCAAGGCGGGGCCGCGGGCCUUCCUCUUUGGAGGCGUUUCGGAUAACGAAGCCAAGGGCGGCGAGGACUUGUCCUCCGAGUUCCACAACGACCUCUACACCUUCAACUUUGAGCGGCGGCGCUGGUUUGCUGCGGAGCUGCGGCCUCCUGCGGACAAGAAGGGCGCUGCGGAGAAGAAGGGCUCGGCAGCGGCAGCCGACGUGUCAUCCAAUCCCGCCGCCGGUGAGGCCGGCAGCAGCAGCGCCGUCUCUUCUGCCGCGCCCGUUAUUUCGCCCGGCAUGGCCGAGCGGUUGGCUGCUGCAACGGACAAGAACAGCGCCCUGUACCGUGCAGCCGUUAAGAUCCAGGCCAGCUACCGCGGGUACGUGGUCCGGAAGGCGUACCAGCUGUACCGCAUCGGCGGCGUGGUUUCGGAGAUCCUCUACUCACCCGCCACAUAUGGACUCGACCUCUCCGUGCUUAACAUGCCCAAACCAAAGGCGCGCAUCGGAGCUCUGGUUACGGUCGUGGGUAGCACACUAUGGAUGCUUGGGGGCACCGUGGAGGUGGGGUCCAAAGAAGUUACGCUGGACGACAUGUGGGCUUUGGACGUCGGCAAGCUGGAUGGGUGGCAGCUGGUUCGGGAGAACACAGUGGGUGAGGAGCUGCUCAAGAAGGCCGGCGCUGGGGGCGACGACAGCGACAGCGAGUGGACAGAGGCCAGCGACGGCGACCUAGAUGAUGACGACAGCUGAGACGCUUGGAGUUAGUCAAGGGCUCAGCAUGUGCCGUGGUUGGCUGACUUUCUGGCUCAUGGAAGCAUUUUGUUUGCGUCAUAUCGGAAGGCAACAUGAUUGUCUGCUUGUUGAAGGAUGCCACAUCUUGCAAAUUAUGCCGUCAAUUAGUCCCGGAAGAUAGGAUUGAAUUUGACUGAAGUAGGAUUGGAGUGCCUGCUGCGUGCAGCAUUGGUUCCCCCACAGCGUCCUCCGUAGUGUGACCGCGCACAGGGUUAGGGUGAGGUUGAAGUGGAACAUGAAGGCUCAGCAGCACCAUUGAACACUGGCUAUACCUGGACUCUCUGGAAUACCUGUCCGAGGCUUGGGUCCCGCU